CUCGUUUGCAGUGUAACGGGACACUCAGAUGAGCUAUGUGAUGUCACAGGAAACCCGUUACACACUCCUUUGCUGCUUCAGGGGCCUCAACUCAUCACCGAGCACAUCUCCCAGUACACUCUACAUACUGCCACAGCGGACAACGGAGGACCGAUCAAACAAGCAGACGCAUUAAGAUAUUUUGGAUACACAAAAGCCAAGCAGUGGAACCAUGUUCGGAUGCUGGAUUACCUCAUUUCUCUUACUGUUGGCAACCUCUGAGUUUUUUGUGGUGGUCCUCUCAGAGAACAACACUGGAGGUACGGCACAAAAGAAUCCCCAUGAACUGGACUUCUCUCGGCACAAUAUUUUGACCGCCCAGUUUGAAUGUUACCAGAAGAUUAUGAAAGACACAAAUCACAACAAAACAGAUAGUUCUAAGUGUAAACGGACCUGGGAUGGAUGGCUGUGCUGGGAGCAUUUGGAUGCAGGAUUCACUUCAGCCCAGCACUGUCCAAACUACUAUACUGACUUUGACACCUCAGAAAUGGCGACGAAGAUUUGUACUGAGUCAGGCCAUUGGUUCAUUCACCCAGUGAGUAACAGAACAUGGACAAAUUACACGGGCUGUCAGCACAAGUCUAAUGAUCACAAAAGGACAGCACUUAAUCUCUACUAUUUGGCUUUGAUUGGUCAUGGAUUGUCGCUGAUAUCGUUGUUUACAUCUCUGGGGAUAUUUUUCUAUUUUAAGAGCUUAAGUUGCCAAAGGGUAACUCUACACAAGAAUCUCUUCUUCUCCUUUGUGCUGAAUUCGGUUAUAACCAUCAUCUUUUUCACUUGUGUUGCAAACAACCAAGAAGUAACCCAAGCUAACCCAGUGAGCUGUAAAGUGUCCGUGUUCAUCCACCAUUAUCUCCUGGGCUGUAACUACUUCUGGAUGUUGUGUGAAGGGAUCUAUCUGCACACCCUUAUUGUGGUGGCAGUGUUUGCUGAGAAACAGCAACUCAUGUGGUAUUACCUUCUAGGAUGGGGCUUCCCGUUAAUACCUGCAUUUAUACAUGCAAUAUCCAGAAGUUAUUACUACAAUGACAACUGUUGGAUAAGCUCGAACACUUCUCUGCUCUACAUUAUUCAUGGGCCCAUCUGUGCAGCCCUGUUGGUUAACCUCUUCUUCCUUUUAAACAUUGUGAGAGUGUUGAUCACAAAGCUGAAGGUGACCCACCAGGCUGAAUCCAGUCUGUACAUGAGGGCCGUCAGGGCCACCUUAAUCCUGGUACCUCUGCUGGGCAUUCAGUAUUUACUGCUGCCCUACAAACCCGAUGGACGGCUUGCCUUCGAGAUAUUUAUGCACAUAAUGAACAUACUUUUGCAUUACCAGGGCCUUUUGGUUGCCACUAUAUUUUGCUUUUUCAAUAGCGAGGUGCAAGGUGUGUUGCGAAGGCACUGGAACCAGUACCGCAUCCAGUUUGGCAGCACAUUUACGAACACGGACGCCCUGCGUUCCGCAUCCUUCACGGCCUCCUCCAUGACAGAAGUCCAUCGAUGUUACAGCAUUGACAGCCACAUGGAGACUCUAAAUGGCAAGAGUUUUCACAAUCUGGAGAACACCAUUCUCCGAUCAGACAACCUGUACAUAUGAGAAACUCUUUGACUUCUGGGAUAACAGCCUCAUGGAGAGCACCACUGACUGAGAUGUGUCCUUACAGGACAUACAUCUGGACAAUUUGGACUGUAGACCCCAGGAAGCCUUUCAUUUUCCCUACAGGCUUCAGUGACCUUCAGUUUAUGGAUGGGAACUGGAGAAAAUACUGUAUUUUAUUUGGAAUAUUAAAGUCACGUGAACAUUUUCCACAGUGAUCCAGUGAAACACUAUGGAGAACAUCACACAUUGACAGUCUUUCUGAUUUCUUUGAUUGAAAUGGAGGUGGACUGAAAAACAUAACUUAAUAUAGCUUUAUUCUUCAUGGCACUGCGUUUAAUUGAAGAUUGAGCCACCCUGAUGCAUUGGAUGAUGGUUGUCACAUCUAUGGAUCUAUGGAUUAUUCUAGCUCAAAGAAUCUGUAGUAAAAAAAAAGGAAUAAACAAUGGAAGACACAAAAUCACUAGGAUGUGAUUCCAGAAGAUACUGAUGAGUUCGUCCUGCUCUUUUUGUUCAUCCCGAACUUCAUCUUGUUAUCAGUUAUGAGAUUAAUUUUAUGUGAAAUUUAAUCCACAUACAGGGCAAUAUUGACAAUAUAUUCUAUGUAUGCAAAAUGUUUUGUUGUCUCUAAGGAGUACUAAGUUUGUAUAUGUGUAUAUAUAUAUAUAAUAUUUGAUUAAAGAAACCAAAACAUAAUAGAGUUACUGUCAUCAAAAUCUAGAGACACUGUAAACACACAUUUUCCUGCUAAACGACUAGCAGAUCUUAGGAUAAACCAGUCUGGACUAGCUUGUAAAUUCCUGCUGGCCUGACACUUCCUUUCAGCAGGGUUAUCUUAUUCAAUUUUGAUUAAUCUGAAUGUCUUUCUUAAACUAAUUUAUCUGUAGUUCAUAUGAAUCUUGGUGUAGGUGAGUCUUGUUGUUCAAGGGCAAGUUAAAUUAGCACAUGUGGGUUUACAGUUUUUGGAGAUCUGCAGAUCUACAAACAGACGAGGUCUCUAUGUAUCUCUAUGUCUGGAACAUACAGAUGCGUUUGGCACUGUUUUCACUGUUGUGUUUCUUAAAACAUUUUAUGUGCACAUGCUGGAUAAAUAAACCUUCCUAUCUUGAGGUGUAAAUGCAUUUCUACAUCUGUGUCUUAUGCAUGUUUGUACUUUGGGUAUAGAAAUAUAGGAGACACUUUUCAAUAAGGUCCCAUUCAUUUACGUUAGUUAAUGUUAGUACAAAAACAUGGAGCUUUUUUUCUGAUAUGUUUUAGUCGGACGUUUGUCUAACAUUUUUUAAGAAUUGUUUUAGAAUGUUCAGAUUUUAAAGUAAGAUUCGAAAGUAACAUUCCCAUAAUGUUUGAACAAUGAUGCUCUGUUCAUGCUCUGUUCUGUUAUUUUUAAAACAUUUAAAAAACUGGCGGUUUCAAAUGUUCAGAGAACAUUCAGAAAUUACGUUUUCAUAUCUUAAUGGGAAUAUUAGCAAAACGUUCUUAGAACAUAUUGUUAAUUGUUUGUUUAUGUUGAAAUCUUGUUGUAACGUCUUACCGAAAUAUUUAUAAGGCUUCAGUAGGGCUUUCCUUUCUUUUCAGACAUUAAAAAGGUCCAGUUACUUCAA